CACAAGUAGAAACUUUGUUAUUUAAACAACUCUACUCAGGAGUUAUUCUGUUACAGUUACCCUGUUACAGUGUUACUGUGUUACAGAAGACAUCCGUCCGGUUCUUAAAUUGACUCUGGGGAGGGGGAGGAGUGAGUGUGGGGAGGUAUGGGGUGGUUUCCACGGCAACUGUCGCUCCCCCCUCCCUCGAGCCAAGCUAUGCAACAGGCUUUGGCUAAAGGCAGUUAAAGCGUUGAGGAUCUUUACCCCGAGACUGGCUCUUCUAAAUCCCCCUCCACGACGUGGAAACCAGAGCGGAGCCCGUGGGGCCUCUGGGCUCAGUACCUGGAACCCUGCCCCAGUCUCGGCCCCGGCCCCGCCCGAUCGGCCCAACUCCGCACUUGGUAACAAACACUUCCACUUCCUGGGCUCUCUUUUCUUCUCCCGCUGCGGGGUGCCGCGCCGAGCGCAGGCCACGCCCUACUGUCCUGAUUGGUUAGAUUUGUUCACCCUGGCGCAAGAGCCCGGUUCGUGAUUUCUGAUUGGCUCAGUGUGAUUCACACCCACAGCACGGCCCCGCCCCCGGGUUUAGGAGCUGGGGCGGGCUCUGGAACGCUCAGACGCCGCGCAGGGCGGGGAUUGGCCGGCUCCCUUCCUGUGCGUUCGCAACCGCGGUUCCCGGGACACCUGUUCCCUGUGCCCGGUGCGGUGCUCAGCUCCCAACUCGAGCUCUGCGGCUCGGGGAGAAAGGUGGUGAGUCUCCGGCCUCCAACGGGACCCGCGCUGAGCCUUCGCAGAGCAAGAUGAGCACGAACGCAGCGGCCGGGGAGCCUCUGCCCCGGCUCUGCUGCCUAGAGAAGGGUCCGAAUGGCUACGGCUUCCACCUGCACGGGGAGAAGGGCAAGGUGGGCCAGUUUAUCCGGCUGGUGGAGCCUGGCUCGCCGGCCGAGAAGUCGGGGUUGCUGGCCGGGGACCGAUUGGUGGAGGUGAACGGUGAGAAUGUGGAGAAGGAGACGCAUCAGCAGGUGGUGAGCCGCAUCCGCGCGGCGCUGAACGCCGUGCGCCUGCUGGUGGUCGACCCUGAUACCGACGAGCAUCUCAAAAAGCUGGGCGUCCCGAUCCGGGAAGAGCUGCUGCGCGCUCAGAAGAAGUCCGAACAAGCCGAGCCGCCAGCGGCCGCCGACGCUCAGGAGGCUGGGGACCAGAAUGAAGCUGAAAAGAGCCACUUGGAGCGGCGUGAGCUCCGGCCCCGGCUCUGCACCAUGAAGAAAGGCCCCAAUGGCUAUGGCUUUAACCUACACAGCGACAAGUCUAAGCCAGGCCAGUUCAUCCGAGCAGUGGACCCAGACUCACCAGCAGAGGCAUCUGGACUCCGGGCCCAGGACCGCAUUGUGGAGGUCAAUGGUGUCUGCAUGGAGGGCAAGCAGCAUGGGGAUGUGGUAUCCGCUAUCAAGGCUGGAGGUGAUGAGGCCAAGCUGCUGGUGGUAGACAAGGAAACAGACGAGUUCUUCAAGAAGUGCAAAGUGACCCCGUCGCAGCAGCACCUGGAUGGCCCCUUGCCUGAGCCCUUCAGCAAUGGAGAGAUACAGAAGGAGAGCAGCCGUGAAGCCCUGGUGGAGCCAGCUUCAGAGAGCCCCAGGCCAGCCCUGGCAAGAUCUGCCUCCAGCGAUACCAGUGAGGAGCUAAAUUCCCAAGACAGCCCCAAGAGACAAGAUUCCACAGAACCCUCAUCUACCUCCUCCUCCUCUGACCCCAUCUUGGACUUCAACAUCUCCCUGGCCGUGGCUAAAGAGAGAGCCCACCAGAAGCGCAGUAGUAAGCGGGCCCCACAAAUGGACUGGAGCAAGAAAAAUGAACUCUUCAGUAACCUCUGAGCAUCUGGCCUCUGAUGGCUGGUGCUGGAGGGUGGGGCUGCCCACCCAACCUAGCUUCCCUUUUCUUCUCCCCAGGUGCCCACCAAUCAACAUUCAAAUCAGCUUCAGCACCCACCCCUCUUCCUGACAAAUUUGAUUUUUCUAGAACUCUCUUCUCCCCUCACCUUAGGGAAGGAGAAUGUUUGUCCUGUCUCCCUGAGGGCUUCUUCCUACCAAAGUGUCCCCUCACCAGUCUGCCUAGAGCAUCACUGGGACCCGCACUAAGCAAGGACCUUUGGGACAGACAAGAAAUUUUCCCUCAGCUACGUGUGGUGACCAAGUCCAGGGUUGACCAGGGACUGUGUAUAACAGCCACUGCUCAUAAUAGACAUACUGUCUUAAUAUAGGGUGACAUACUGUCAUAAGACAGGGUGCCCACGGUCCUCGGAGCUAUGGCUUGGCAUCUUUGGUUCAUUUGAUUUUUUUUUUUUUUUUUAAGUGUAGUAUUGAGAUUUUAGAGGAGUUCUUGUUUUCAUGAUUCUUGUGAUUUUGUACAUGCCUUGGGUUAUUGUACCCAUGGCAUGACAGUGGCCUCACCCUUAAAAUGUCCUUUCUGCUCUCACGCUGAGAGACCUGGGCAGCAUGGGGAAAGCCUGGCUGCCUCUGUUCUGAGCCAGGUGCCACCACUGUAAGGAAAUGCCUUCAGAAAUCCAGUUUCCUUCAAAGU